GCCAAUUCCGCUCCCUUCCUCCACUUCCAUCCCAUCUGCUCCUCCUCCUCUCGCCGCCGCCGGCGGCCACCACUCCUCACUGUAAUGGCCUCAUCAAGAGGAGCCGACAGUAGCAGCAGUAACAACAACAAUAACAACAACAACUACUACGCGAGCGGGAAGCUUGUGGACGAGAGCAUGAUCGUACUCCGGAAACGGAUCCACGAAAUGAAGAUGGUCGAGCGGAGCCACGAACCCCCUUCCAAUUGGCUCGACUGGGAGAAACGCUGCUACUCCGACUAUGAUUCACAUAUCUGUGAGGCUUUGGGCUAUCUCCAAUCCCACUUGAUGAACACCAGGCCUAGCGUUGCCUUGGGAAUUCUCCUUCUUAUUACUCUCAGUGUUCCGCUCUCCUCUGCUGUCAUUCUCCACCGCUUCAUCGACAUCGCCGCCGCGCUUCUCGCCGGAGUCCGUCUUACUUAACUGUUGCAUAUAACCAAUACCAUAGAAGCCACACGCCGUCGUUUUGAGGAUGCUUGUUUUUCUAUUAUAAUAUAUUAUAUAUAUUUUUUAAUUUAGGGAGUAGUUGGUCUUUGUACAGCUUAGAUCUCAUUGUUUGUAUCGCUUUCUGUUAUUUUAUAUAAACGGUCAAGUUUCCAUUUUAA